AUGGCGCCACAGAUGAGCAAAAGGAUAUGCAAAUGGUCUUUAGAGUUCCACUCCGCGCGAGCAGCAAAGUCCCACGGACGCAAGCCGGUGCAAAUGUCUUUCAUGGACGAAGGUCGCACCGGAAAUCACGGCUCGGCUGCCGUCAAUGCAAGCUCAGGCGGAUCAAGGUACGAGUGCGACGAAGAGAGAGACGCUGGCUGUGGGAAUUGCCGAUCUCGAAGCAUGAAGUGCGACUUUGAUCAGACUGCUUUCCGUGAGACAACAUACAUGAUUCUUCCGAAGCAGGGUGGACGUAGAGACGCACCGACACCUAGGCCUAGCGUAUCUGACAGUGCAGUCAUGGGCUUUCGAAGUAAUUCACCUCUUAGUCCACUCCGUCCGGCCCUCUUGUCGAUGCCAGCGUUUCUGGUCACUGCUGACCUGCCAGAGUCCAUGACCCCUUUCAUGCACACAUUGCAGCACUUUGACAGCAACACGUAUUCCUCAAUGGGCUCAGACAUGGGCCAAAAGAUCGUUAAAACUUGCGUGUAUACGAUCGCCAUUGAGACCCCUCAUCUGAUGCAUGCCUUACACGGCGUGGCAGCUACGCACUUGGGGCACCUACUACCUGCUUCUCAACAUCCUGUCCAGAACAAUCAAAGCAAGCUUGCAGCGGCCUACCACUGGCAGAGAUGCAUACAACUGUUCAGAGCUGAGCUGCAGGCCGGCCCUACCAGACAAAAUAUGGAUGCCUUGAUUUCGACUAUUAUGUUGAUCGCCACUCAUCAAUUUAUGCUGUCUGAACCAUGUCCAGACCUAAGUCAGAGUUUUGUUUUUGCCCCUGCGGAUCAACGAGAGGCGCGUCUCACUUGGCUAUUCAUCGCCUCUGGAUUUCAAGGAUUGUGGAGUGCUCUAGGAGACAAUAUUGAAUAUUCGGUUUGGUUGCCUGUGCUCCAGGAUUCCGAUCUCAAAAACUUCAAAUCCCGGACUCUCAUGCAGCCUUCUGGAGAUGAGACACACGAUCUCUUUCUUGAAUUGUGUGAGGCGGAGACAGCCACCACCGCAGAAGAAAACCCGUAUUAUCCAACACUGGAGUCCUUGUUAUAUCUUCGCCGCAUGAGCCCCAGCAAGAACGCGUUCAACAAGUUGGUCAACUUUCUGGGCGUAAUCGAUCAUAAACUCCAUCGUCGGUUGAUCAUCAGAGAUAAAAGAGCCCUCCUCAUCCUGGCUCAUUGGUUGGGCCUCAUGUGUGAGAUUCAGCAGUGGUGGAUUAGUGGUAGAAGUCAGGCUGAAUGUCUUGCGAUUACGACAUUCCUCAUGGAUGAUCCCGACAUACGAGUCAGGAAACUUCUGGAAUAUCCGGCUAGGAUCGCGGGCAUUGCCGCUCCAACAUCGUAA